AUGUCCAAGAGAAAGAGUAUUUUUGAUAACCUAAAACGAUUAUCUACUGUUCCUGAUAAAAAGGAAGCCUCUCUUGAUGAUGAUAUUCUUCAACUAGAAUCAAUUGAUCAAGAAAUUUCAAAGACGCUAUCGUUAAUCCAUUACAAUAUUGACGCUUGUAACAGCAUCAUUACCAAUAAAUUCCUCCCAGUACUUAUGAACUAUCAUGCAAAUUCAAGAGAUAUCAAUAAUAGCACUCGUUUCCUAAAGAAUCUUUUUGAAAAUAGUUUGAAUGUCAAUAUCCAAGUGCAGAAAAAAUAUGAUGAAAAUCAGAAUCACAAUGAACUGGCAACACAUGAUAGCAAAAGCGGCUCGACAGAGAUACUGGUAUCCUCAUCAAUUUCGAAUUUAAAAACUCUUGCCCAAAAAGUGAAUGUUAAUGAUUCAGAAAGCUUAUUAUCUGAAACCAUCUUAUCAAAUGACUCCAGUAGGAUUGAUAUUCAAAAGCUGAUGGAAAGAUUUCAUAAACUUAACCAAAACGCCAAUAAAAUUAUCAAGCCAACAUCAUCUAUAGACCAAGAGAAUUUCAAUGAUCUGUAUGACGACAGUAAUCUACAACUCACUCCAACUGGAAAAAGAGAACUUAAUAGUGUUUUUGCAAACCGAAAUAGGACAAAUGAAUCAUCAACAGCAGAUUUCAUUGCCAACAACAACUCAAUCAUAGACCAAAACACAUCAACCUUUACGUAUGAAAAGCAAAAUAACCAGAAAUUAAAGGUGCUACCUGAACUUCUACCUCGCAAGCGACCUGGUGACGAAGCGACUUCGCCAUUCAAGAUUCAAAUAUCCCCAAUAAAAAAGAGACAGCGAAUGCCUAGCAGUCCUACGACACCAAAAAGAGUUGUAGGAGCACGAAAAUCGUCAGCUGCGAUCUUUGAGAAACUCAACAUUGAUGAUUCUCCAGAUGACAUUCCGAAGACUCCAGAGCUUACGUAUUUGAAAUUUUCCCCCCUCAAAAUGAAUAACAAAUCAAAUGCUUCCAUGAACCCCGUCACAAAAACGGUAGAUAAACCACACACAUCGUUUGCUUCCAUUUCAGCUACUACGCUAGAGAUACCACAGCUUCCUUCAUCUCUCAAUCUAGAUGAUACCAUGGGUAGUAGUAAUUACCAAACUCCCCAGCCGCCGCUGUUCUUUGAUUCCUCCGUUGAAGGAAUCGUAUUGAAAUCGCCGCCGACUCUGAUGAAGUUCGCUCUCCCCAAGCUGAAGUCCCUUAUUGUAAAAUCCCCAGUGAAGGCUCUUGCAAAGCGAUAUACUAAAGAUUAUUUGGAUAUGGAAUUAGACGAUGAUGAGAGUCAAGAGUUGAUGAGUUUUGAAUUGCGAAAUAAGCACUACGAAGAAAAUGAUAUCGAUUCUACUAAGGAGAGUACUAAAGAAAAUACUGAAGAUAGUAUCAAGGAGAAGCAUACUAAAAAAAAGGACGACGGUACUGCUGAAGACAAGGAAAAUGGGAUUGUUAGUGGGAAUAAUUACGAAAAACUGGUAGAAUUAGAUGAUUUUCAAGAACCUGAAGAGUAA